GUUCUGAAAUCUUCGGAGUGGUGUUAAAGCUUCUGAUAUUCCCACGAAAUACAAGAAUUACUUCAAUGAGGACCUACCAUGGCAGUCUUUAGGGUAUGCUAGUAUUGUGGAGAUGUUGUUUGAGAUAACAGAUAUUGCUGACUUAGAGAAACCAACAAAAGAUGGAGAGUAUCUUGUCUUUGCUAAAAAACAAGACACUGCUGGUAUUUCUGCAGCAACUGCAUUAAUCAAAAAGCCCACAUCCAUUCCUGAAACAUUGUCACUGCUAGUGUAUAGAAUUUUAGAAGGAUCUCCACCUGUUCCUGUUCACCAGUUUCCAAAGUUUUUUGAGAAAAUAACUUCCAGAGAGCUCCCACUGAUUGAGUACGGCUUCAGUACAGUUGAAGAGUUCCUAGCUUGCAUACCAGAGAUUAGU